AUGAAUCCAUUUUGUGGAAAAUUUCAUGAAUGCAAUUGGAUAUCUGUUGACAAUUUUAAUGGCGAGAAUUUAAAUUCUAAUGUAUUCUUUUUAUCACAUUGUCAUUCUGAUCACAUGCAAGGCUUGAAUAGUGAUCAGUUCUAUCAGUUAAUCGCGAACAAAUGUUCAGUAUUGUACUGUCAUAGAAUAUCCAUAGUUCUUCUCAACUCAGAUACUUGUUACAGAAGACUGGUAGUAAGAAUUGAAAUUUAUAUUAAAAUGGUGAAGGAACACAUUGUAGUCAAAGAUUACAAUGAAAAAUUCAUAGUGAGUGGUUCUGGUACUGACACGGAACAAAAAAUGUUACUACCGUCGUCAUCUGCUAGUGUUACAUUUUUGGAUGCGCAGCACAUUCCGGGUUCUGUCAUAUUUUAUAUCAGUGGCCUGAUUUGUUUUACUAGGAUUUUUUUUGAAUUCGACUGUGGUUUGAAAUUGCUGUACACAGGAGAUUAUCGAUUGUCAAAAGAUGACUGGAUUGCUUGUGAAACAUUGAAGGACCCAUUUUCGAGUUCGGGUUUUAAAAGGCUUGAUGCAUUAUAUUUUGAUAAUACAUUUUGCUGCAAACAAUUUCGAAAAUUGCCUACCCCUAGGCAAAGUUGUUUACUUUGUGUUGAAAUGGUAAGAAAAUGGCUACAAAAAGAUCCGAUUAAUAAAGUUUUAUUAUGGUGUGAUAGGUACUUCAAAAUUGAAAAGUUAUUGCGUUUAGCUCGAAAACUUUCAGGCAAAUAUGGCCAUGAACUGUUUUUAAAAGCGAUUUGGGAUGAGCUUGGCAUCAAGUGUCAUGUUACAAUGGCUAAGUAUCGUGUAUAUUCAAGCAUUGAUCUAUAUGUUGAUUGCGUCACUCCUAUUGCUCGUGACACUCGUGUACAUGCAUGCACUACAAAACCUGAUCAGUCAGAAGAAGCCUUUUAUGAAGAUAACCAAAGUAUGGUAUUCAAACGGAAAAAUGAAACUAUCUUCAAACAGGAAAUAUCAACUUGUUGGCAAUGUCGACCUGAUGCUGAACACGUAUUAGUGAUAAGGCCAUCAGCAAUAUGGUUUCUGAGAAGAAAUGAAAAAAAUGUGUUAGGAUAUGAAAAUGGUCGAUUUUGCCGUCUGUUGUAUUCAGGUCACUCUUCAUUAGCUGAAGUUGAAGAUACGUUCAAAUUGCUGAAACCUGUGCAUGCUUUUCCAAAUACUACAAGCAAACGCAAUAAAAAUCAUGCAAACAAAUUAAUCAAAUACUUAAUGUAUUCUUCGGCAUCAUAUGUGAAAAGCUUUUUAGAUUAG